CCCCCCCCAAAAAAAAUUGCCAUGACAGACUCCACGGAGUCCAGAACGGCUCCGUUCUAUUCUAUCCCCGCUCGCCGCAUGGUCAGCGUGGAACAUCCCGCUAUUAUCAAAAAUGUCGACAAAGCCCUUGACACCCUCCGCGGCGAUGCAGGCAUCACGCGAAUCCUCAACCCUCCCAAGGCGGACAGCCCGGCCAGGCUCUUCCUCCGGCCGGAGGAUGCCAUGUCCAGACCGAUGAAGUCGAUCAGCUCGACGGCCAACAACAUCCUAGUCAAGGUCACAGUGCCCAAGCGGACGGGUCGCAAACGCAAGAAGGGCUCCGAUGAGCCAUUUGCCGGGGUUCCCAUCACCACGGGGCAUGUGGAAGCGCCGCGACGCAGCGCGCGGGAGGUGCUGCAGAGCCUUCGCGACAAUGUCGGGGGGUAUCAAGUAGAGCCGGUAGGGAUGAUCGAGCGGACGCAUGUGUUUCGAGGAAUGCCCGACUUUGUCUUCUCGACGGCAUCGAGCGCAUUUGCGAACAAGUUCCGCGAGCAUAUCUUGCCGUUUGACUACGAGAAGAUGAAACAGUUCGAUCUGGACAUGACCAAAGGAAUCACCUCGAAUGUGGACAUCAUCCCUCCCCCCUCCUUCAGCCACGGCGACCUGCCCUUCAACUACAUCUACCGCCAAAACCCAACCAUGCAGAAAUCCAUCGACACCACCGGCAAAAUCACAACCGUGAACACCCAACGCACGGUAAAGGUGCACACGCACCUCGUCCCCUACGACAUCCCCGAAGUCCCCACGCAACCGCGGGACAACUGCCCCCCAAUCUCGACCCUGGACCCCACACUGCAAGAAACCAUCACGAUCCUGCAGGGCCUCUUCAGCUCGCGACCGGCCUGGACGCGACGAGGUCUACGCAACGCGCUGCCCACCGUCGAGAAGCGAUACGCCCUACGGCACGCGAUCCCCUACGUAGGCUACGUCUUCCGCUCAGGACCGUGGCGCGACGCGAUCAUCCGGUUCUCACACGACCCGCGCACCUCCCCCGAGAACCACAUCUACCAGACGCUGAUGUUCCAGAUCCAACCGCGCGACGCCGACGUCGCGCGCGACGGCUACUUCGGCGCCAGCACUACUGGCAUCAACAACAACAAAGACGGCGCCCGCCGCCACGCCUACUUCCGGCCCAACGAGGUCCCGCAAUUCGACCCGACCGCCUCCUUCCACAACCAACUGCACCACCAACCGGGCCAGCUGCCCACGGACACCCACCUCUUCACGGGCCAACCGCCGCUGGCCCGGGACGGCCGCAUGUGGAUGUACUGCGACAUCCAGGACCCGAUCCUCCGCAACAUCCUCUUCCCAUCCGAAAACCCGGCAGCACCGCCGCCGGGCUUCCUGCGCGACAAGUGCGACGUGCUGACGGACGGGUGGUACGGGAACGGCACCCUGGCCAAGUUCAAGACCAUCAUGCGCCACAAGGUGCUGGCGUUGCUGGACGACCGCGCCACCGACGACGCCGAGUUCGCGCAGAUCCUCUCCUUACCGGAUUAUGCCACCCCGGAGUCCAUCAACACCGACUUCUGGUUGGAUCCCGCCACCGCCACCUCCAAGAGUACCAUGAUGGCCACGGAGAUCCGCGCUAUCAUCAAGAGUGCGCCGGCGUUUCGGGAGCGGGCCGCCGCGGAUAAGCGGGCGGGGAAGCGACGGAGGGGUCGGGGGAUGGCUACGCGGCGGAGUGCGGCGGGGCGCCGGGUGCAGUUCCGGGAGGAUGUGGUUGGUGGGGAGGAAGAGGAUGUGGAGGAGGACGAGGAGGAAGAGGAAGAGGAGGAAGAGGAGCAAAUAGAUACACAGGGAAUGGAGGUUGGGGAGGAGAUGGGUGAAGGGGAGGAGGAGGCUUAUGAGCAGGAGGAGUUGUUGGAAGCUCAGGCGGCGGAAGCGGCCGCUGCGGUGUCGGCUGCAGUGGAGGAGGAUGAGGAUGAGGCGGAGGAGGAGGACGAUGAGGGCGAGAGUGAGCAAGAUGAGGACAUUGAUACCUUCAGAUGAUUACGACUAUCUGGGAGCUGAGAUACAACUGAAGUACACAAGUAUAUUAACAAGGUAUCAGAUUUUAUCAAGUUUCAUUUAUUGUAGCUAGC